CACUCAACAAGCUUUCCUUCAGCUAUACCUUUAAACUCUCUCUCUCUCUCUCUCUCUACUACACUAUCCACCAAAUCCAAAAGCAUCCUCCAAAGCAGAACCCUAACUGUUCUUCUGGCAACUUACACAAGAAGACGGAACUACCAUCAUUUAACUCAUACUCGAUUAAUCUUUCAUCUUCGGUAGAACAAUUAUUUAGUUAGUAUUUAGUCUGGAAAUCAGUUAAAUUCAUCAUGGAAGAGAUGUACGGUUUUCAUUCCAUGUCCGAUUACACUAUUCCACCGGAAACUAACCUGAUUUCGCCGUCAGACUACCACGGCGAUCACUCAACUUCCGUUGAUCAUUACCGGACGUUUUACGGAUCGGGUGAUCUAUUAUCAGCGACUGCUUCUAUCAUAACCGAAGCUGUUUCCAUCGCAGCGACGCCUGAUCAGACUCUUCUUCCGAGACGUCGAAGCUGCCGACAACGUGAUCAGAAUAGAAACGGGAACAUUAGUGAUGAUCAUCAUGUUGAUGCCUGUGAUGAUAUCAUCAAAGCAAGAAUCGCCUCUCAUCCUUUGUAUCCGAAGUUGCUUGAUGCUUUUAUCGAUUGCCAAAAGUUAGGUGCUCCUCCGGAAAUGGUAUGUUUGUUAGACGAAAUCCGUCGAGAAAAUGACGUUUGUAUGCGGAACGCUGCCGCCUCUACGUGCUUAGGAGCAGAUCCUGAGCUCGAUGAGUUCAUGGAAACUUACUGCCAAGUGUUAGGGAAAUACAAGUCCGAUCUCGCAAGGCCUUUUGACGAAGCUACUGUUUUCCUCAACAACAUAGAAACGCAACUGGGAAAUCUCUGUAAAGAUGAUGGAGCAGUAUCAUCGGAAGAAGAAUUUAGUGGAGGGGAGACAGAAAACACACAACAAGUGAGCCGAGAAGAUCAGGAACUGAAAGAUACGUUGUUAAGAAAAUUCGGAGGUCAUAUAAGUUCCCUUAAACAUGAAUUCUCCAAGAAGAAAAAGAAAGGAAAGCUCCCAAAUGAAGCAAGACAAACUUUGCUUGAAUGGUGGGAUUCACAUUACAAAUGGCCUUACCCCACGGAGGCUGAUAAAAUAUGGUUGGCUGAAUCAACGGGACUAGAUCAGAAACAAAUCAACAACUGGUUUAUAAAUCAAAGGAAACGCCAUUGGAAACCAUCUGAAAACAUGCACUUAGCAAUGAUGGGUAGUUUUUCUGGUCAGGAUUAUUAUGACGAUUAAAUUAAAAAGGGCAAUGGAAAUGGAAAUGGGCUCCUGUAUAUUUACUUAACAAUAAUAUAUAAUAAUUCAAUGGUUACAAUUGGGGUUAAGUAAUCAACCAAUCAUGUCAUUUUGUGGAAAUAAGUACAUAUAUUUGAAUGCACAUAUACAUGAAUACUUUGUAUUGUCUUA